GACUCCUCGUCUAGUGUUCGGCGCCUGGUCCUCCCGCCCGGCGCCAGGAGAGGCGUGCAUCCCCUCCCGUGACUCUCCUCCGCCACCCGCAGCCGUACCUGCGGCGGGCGGUGUCUCGGGCACUAACCGAGACAGGGCGUCCAUGAAUCCUUCCAUCUUCUCCGCCAUCAUCUUCUCCAGUCUGGUGCUGGCGUCGCCGACGGCUUCGUCGAUAGCCGUCUUGACCUCAUCACGAGUAGGGGCGGUCCCGCCCGUGCCAGGAACUCCAGCUUCUCCUGUCGACACCUGUCGGCCUCACUAGGAAAUGAAGAUAACCGUUGCUCUAGAGUGUUGAUUGGUCCCAAGCCCAGUGCUGCUGUACAAGCACGGCUGACCCAGUUGACAGGAUUGGAUAGAU